AUGGAGCAAGGCUCACCGCUGCACCGGACGUCGACGAACAACUCCGAGAGUGCUCUGGACGACACUUCUUCUCUGACAGCGGUAUAUUCAGGCUCUUCUUCCGUCACAUCGUCCAGACCGCCAGUGUCUCUUGGUCGGCCGCCCUCAACACAUUCGCUACUGGCAUCACACAAAAACCCUGAAGUCCGCAAGGCUCCUCAAGCCGAGACUACCAAGGCUUCGGCCGAUCGUUCUAGUAUAAGUAUGCCACCUCCCUCAUCCGCGCCUACCAUCAACAGGAGACUGUCCACCUCCUUAAACUCCUUAAGGUCUCAGAGAAAGUCUCAAGAUGACGCUAGAAGUCCGCCCGCUUCAGUCAAGAGCCUGGAUGCUCCCAUUCUUGCGACCUCGCCCACCACUAUACAGGUUCCAACAACUGCAUACGACCCUACCGUGGUCACCACUGCCUCCACCUCAACAUCCCCAGGCGCCCCUGUGCUUUCACCUCCUGUUUUCGAUCCGAGUAUGUCUAAUCCUUCAGAUCUAGUAUCAUCACAGGCCACACUUGCGCCGUCAGGCACCAAGAGCGAAUCUUCGAUCCCCGCUGGACAAACCUUAGGAUCUGCCUCUAAGACGGAUGGAUCCGAGACUGUUUUGCCCAAUAGGGCUCCUCGAGUAACCAAACCUCGCUCAAUCUCUUCUAGCCGACGUCUCAGUGGAACCGGCUCCUCCAAGAAUGACGCUGGAAGUACUGAAAGCAAGAUAUCAAUGGGAAAGAUCGGAGUUUGUGCCCUUGAUGUCAAAGCCCGAAGUCGUCCUAGUCGUCAAAUCCUGACGCGACUCCAAGGCAAUGGUGAUUUUGAAGUUAUUGUCUUCGGUGACAAGGCUAUUCUUGAUGAAGACGUGGAGAACUGGCCUAUCUGUGAUUUCCUCAUCUCAUUCUUUUCAGACGGCUUCCCUCUGGACAAGGCCAUCGCAUACGUUAAAUUGCGGAAACCUUUUGUGGUGAACGAUUUACCCAUGCAAAAGGUUCUGUGGGAUCGUCGACUGUGCCUCAAAAUCUUGGAUCAGAUGCAGAUCCCCACCCCUAGACGCAUUGAAGUCAAUCGAGACGGAGGCCCACGGUUAGAGUCGGCUGAACUUGCGCAGCAUGUCUACAAUAUGACCGGAGUUGUGUUAGAAGGCCCCGAAGAUGGCACGGGUGGCGGAGCACCUCCGGCAAAAUCUGUCGAGUUGACAGAUGAGGGUGACACAAUCAUUGUUGAUGGCAGAUCACUGAAGAAACCCUUUGUCGAAAAGCCUGUCAACGGGGAAGACCACAAUGUCAUCAUCUACUUCCCUAGAUCUCAGGAGGGCGGAGCAAGGAGACUCUUCCGGAAGAUCGGCAACAAGUCGUCCGAGUACGAUCCUGAUCUUGUUGUACCACGAUCCAUUACCGAACCAGGAAGCAGCUACAUCUACGAACAAUUUCUGCGGACCGAGAAUGCUGAAGACGUGAAGGCGUACACUGUUGGACCCGACUACUGCCAUGCAGAAACAAGGAAAUCGCCUGUCGUUGAUGGCCUAGUUCGCCGCAAUACACAUGGGAAGGAACUCAGGUAUGUUACCAAGCUCACCGAUGCCGAAAGAGAAAUGGCUGCAAAGGUCGCUCGAGCUUUUGGUCAGCGUAUUUGUGGCUUUGAUCUGCUGCGCACCGGGACUUCCAGCUACAUCAUCGAUGUCAAUGGUUGGAGCUUCGUCAAAGAUAAUGAAGACUACUACAAUGAUUGCGCCAAGAUUUUGAGAGGCAUGUUCGUCACUGAGAAGCUCAAGCUGGAGAACGGUUGGACUGAGGAACCAUCCCCGGAGUCAAAUGGUGAACUUCCACUACGCCGCCAGGGCACCAAUCACCCUCAUCGUUCGGCACUAAAGACGAUCUUGAAGUCACCAAGCAUGAAUAAGCUCUCUCAGCACCUGCCUCACUCCAACAGACAUCAUCAGUCAACGGCUGGUCCCUCGUCGAGAUCCUCGACACUGACAACUCCCCUUAGCUCUCCGCCAACCAUGGAGAAAAGCUCCAACGCACAGGUUAUGCCGAGAGCUGUGGAUAAUCCCGAAAUGCUACCUCCCCCAGCGGUGCAUACGGCAUCUGUGGGGCCAGCGGCAGGAGAGCUGAUGACACCCGCGAAGGAACCAGAGGCACAAGCUCCGAUGCCCAGUUCAAAACAUUCUUGGAAGCUCAAGGGCUUCGUGACCGUCAUCAGACAUGCGGACAGGACUCCAAAGCAGAAGAUCAAAUUUACUGCACAUUCUCAAGUGUUUGCUGAUCUUCUUAAAGGUCACCACGAGGAAGUACUACUUAAGGGUGAGGCUGCAUUAGCGAGUGUCGAGGCCGCAGUCAGGACCGCACAAAAGGAUCACCUCGAAGACCCAGAUAAGUUGCGUAAUCUGCGAGUCGCCCUUGCGAAAAAAGGCUCCCAGCCUGGUACAAAGGUCCAAAUUAAACCAAUGUUUCGAAAGCGGAAGCCGGAGGAGAUGCAGGCAAACUCCAUGGACCCAACCAACCCGAGCAGUCCGUCCGUGCUGUCGAUACCAGAGACAGAACCGUUCCAGAUUCACGACUCGCCGCUUGCCGACCGUUCGGGCUCGAUACCGGAUCUCAAAGAUCCUAACCAAUUGCAUCGACCACAGACGAGGAGUGACUCCAUGUCAGGAGCGACCUUUUCGAGGUUCUCGGCGGCGGAGAACGAUCUUGUCCUGGACAAAUUGCAGCUGGUCAUGAAAUGGGGAGGAGAACCAACGCAUUCUGCUCGUUACCAGUCUCAGGACUUGGGAGCUAACAUGCGUGACGACUUCAAGUUGCUCAAUAGAGAGGUACUAAAUGAUGUUCGCCUAUUCACUAGCUCCGAGAAACGGGUCAAGACCAGUGCGCAAAUUUUCGCUGCUGCGUUCCUCGAUCGUCAAGACAUCCCAGAAGACUUUAUUCAAGUUCGCAAAGAUCUUCUGGACGACUCAAACGCGGCCAAGGAUGUCAUGGACAAAGUCAAGAAGAAGCUUAAGCACCUUCUUCGUGAAGGCAGUGUCCCUGAAGCCUUUGCAUGGCCCAAGGAUGUUGCGUCCCCGUUUGUGGUCAUGCAGAAUGUCAUCGAUCUCCUGAAGUUUCACCGGAAAGUCAUGAGGCAUAACUUCAAGAAGCUCACUAGCGGGGCGGUCGCAUCACUCGCUGCAAUCAAUGGCGGCUCAGAAUCGAAGGACUCGAGCAAAGAGGGCGUGUCUGUUGCUUCCAUUCAGUCCAGAUGGUGUACUGGAGAAGAUCCAGAACUCUUUAAGGAGCGCUGGGAGAAGUUGUUCUCCGAGUUCUGCGACACUGAGAAGGCUGAUCCCAGUAAGAUCUCCGAGUUGUACGACACGAUGAAAUAUGACGCACUUCACAACAAGCAGUUCCUUGAAUGGGUCUUCACACCUAGCCAAUCGCUGCUGGACGAUCUUGCCAAAGAGGAGAAUCUUGCUGCAUCUACCAGUCCGGUUGAACAAGAGCAGAUCGAGGGUUCCGUCUCACCUUCGAGUAAAAGCCGUCAGGAGAGCACUGCGUCUGUUGCGGGUAGUCUCUCAGACAAACACUCUUUUGCUCACAAGAUCGGUCUGAGGAGACAGUCUAUUCUGAAGCAGCCUGUGGCAGCUCCACCACUUAAUUCGUGGGAACAGGGGGCUUCUUACUUCAAGCUCUUCAGUGGGUCUUCUGAGAGCAAGUCGAGCCUCGAUCAGCGCCUUGGUCGUUUGAGGGAGCUGUAUCGGUACAGCAAAAUCUUGUUCGACUACAUCGGACCGCAGGAGUACGGUAUCAGCGAUGAAGAGAAAUUGGAGAUUGGCCUCUUGACAUCACUCCCACUACUACGAGAAAUCGUGGACGACCUCGAGGAGUUGCAGGCGUCCAGCGAUGCAAAGUCCUUUAUCUAUUUCACCAAGGAAUCCCAUAUCUACACACUGCUUAACUGUAUCAUGGAAGGCGGAAUCCAUACCAAGAUCAAGCGGUCCACCAUUCCAGAACUGGACUACCUUUCUCAAAUCUGCUUUGAAUUGUACGAGGCCAAGGACGCCGACACAGCCGAGUCCACCUAUUCAAUCCGCAUUUCUAUAUCGCCUGGCUGCCACACCAUCGAUCCUCUCGAUAUAUCUCUUGAUUCUAAACAUGCCAUUGGAUCAGCCCCAAGGCGAUCGUUGACCAAUCAUCAAGAUUGGAAAGAGGUUAUAUCAACGCUGAAAGCGAAGUUCAACACAGUCCAGUUACCGAAGAGUUUCCUCGCCGUCAACGUAAGUGACAAGCAUGAACAAGAGGCCGAGAGAAGAGCGAGUUAUUUGCAAAGUGAGGCGGCGAGAGUGAAGCAUGAGCGCGGUGAGCACGAGGAGGCAACUGUCAUUGGCAGCCAAGACAACAGCGCCCCUGGCGAAGAAGCAGUGACUUCUGGCGAUGUGACUGGGCCUGACUCGGUUGCAAUCACUAGAGAAUCAUGA